GUGUAUUAAGCACAACCUCGGCCUCAGCUUGCUGCAUCAUUAAUCUGUUAUUGUCCUCAUGAGGGUAAAUUAUUAUCCUCCAACCUCCUCUAACAGCUUUCACCUCCAAGUGUCCUUUUCACAAACAACACACACACACACAUUACACCAGAGUCGGUGCAUUUAAUUCCCUGCCUCGUUCUUGCUCUGUUCUUUCUGAUCUAACGGCUGCGUGAGUCGUCACCGAUGAAAGGCUUCUUAUCUGGUUUACGUGUCAGAGCUGCUCUACGCUGAUUAAUUACCUGCUGGAAGUCACUUUUGACUUUUGUUCUUGAAGUGUUUACUGCUUAAUUGUAUCAUUGGAGAACGUGUAGCUGAUGUUUAUCUGAGUUCAUCAUAAAUGGUUUUUAUGUCGCGCUCUAAUUUUUACACCAAUGCUUUUAUUGUGGGUGAGAACAAACUGUCUCACAUGCCGUGUUUUUGCAAUGGUGUCAAGUGCACGUUGGUUUUAUAGCACGCAUAACACAUAAAAUGUUACUUUUGAUCUUGUGGGAAAACUAGACAGCAACAAAUGUUGUUUCGCUUAAGCUGCCAUACAGAUGUUUUGAUAUAUAAGUGAAUGACUUGGUCAACAAGCGUCUUGACUCAUAGUGUCUUUGUUUGUGUUGCAGUGAUUUCAGCAAUGAGGUCAACGGGUGUCGCAAAAACACGAAACAGCAAUCACUUGCCACUGAAACCCUAUUGGACGACCUGGAAGAAUUUAUGACCUGUGGAAUAUUUUAGCGUCUCCGCAGGACAAAAACAUCAGGUGCCUCCGGUUUGUUUCAGAUGAUGAACUAUAACCCUAAACGAGAUGAUAACGGGGGAUGCGAUUUGAUCAUUCGCAGACCCAUUGUUAUUGCGAUGCAGGAUAUGGACCGAAAGCUAUCACAACAAAAAGCAGCUGGAGCCUCCUGUGUGUAGAAGCAGGAAAGCACACAGUGGGAGCAAAUUCACUUUUGUCCCGACUGUUUACAAAGGAUCACUGCGGGACAUGUUGAACACCAGGUGAAAUUAAUUACACAUUGUACGUCUUUCUCGUGGUUGUGGGCCACUGUCAUGCUUUUGUGGACAGCAUUGUUUUCUGAACAUGUGGUUUCAGUCUAUUUAAGUGUCAUCUCAGGCUGAAACCUAACGAAAGGGAUGGUAGGGAUGGUGGAAGUGUGGCAUACAGUUAUUCGUCAUAUGUGAGUGUGAUUUACUGCAGUGAUGCCUUCAGGAACAUUUAUUCACCACGGUCUGACGCAAGCUGCCUUAUUGCUGUGGCUAGUUGGGUGUGGACACACUGAAACCAGCUGCAGAGAUCGCAGAUGCCUGGCUCAAAUGCUAAUAAGCAAAGGAUAUAUAUCUCAACCGCAGUAUGAAAACUGCUCCCAAGUAAUAAGUGUGCCUUACCUCGAGUACCAAACUAUUACAGUGGACACAAAGAAUCUCCGACUGAUUAGUAAAAUUACUGCAUACAUUCAAUGGCGAGACCCUGGCUUGAUGUGGAACAUGUCCCACUACAAUUAUGACGAAGUCACCUUGCCAGUGGAUAAGGUCUGGACCCCAGAGCUCCACGUGGCAAAUGGAAUAGUGUCAACGAUGACUCAUGCCUCCCAUGACCUGACGGUGAGAUAUGAUGGCUUGGUGUACCACAUUGUGAUCAUAAAUGCUGAGGUGAACUGCGACGUCAAUAUGUUCAACUAUCCCUUUGCCGCCGAUACGUGUCCUGUCGCAAUUCAUACCAGUGAGAGGGCUGGUGAAUGUGGUACAGAGCUGGAGCUGCAUCACGUGUGGCCUACUGGCAAAACCCGAGGAGACUGGAAAACUGAAUCUGUGGUGUUGGGGACACAGGGUUACGGAGACACUCAUUACAUCAUGGUGAGCCUGAAAAUCCAACAUACCAACCCCUUCAUCACGUUACUGUUGCCCACCAUUCUGAUCGUCUUGACUGAUGUGGUCAGCUUCGCCCUGCCUUUGCAAGGCGGAGAACGCAACUCUUUCAAGGUCACUUUGGUGCUCAGCUUUACCAUGUUCCUCAACAUCCUCAAUGAGAAACUCCCUGGAGACGGCGAGUGCAGCCCCAUCAUCAGAAUCCACUUCUGUAUUUGUCUGGUGCUCAUGGUCCUGAGCAUGCUGGUGUCCUUGGUGCUGACGCGGGUCGCCAAGGAUGGCGGCAUCCGUUUGUGCUGCUUCUCCAAAAAGGUUGAACCAAAAACCGCAAGAAGCAUGGAAGACAACGUGGACGAGGAAAUCAAACCUGACAUCAGUGUCAUUCAGCUGGACGGCUCAGAGGAGGAAAAACUAAUUCUUAGAAAGGUGGUCAAAUUCCUUGAGAAUUUUCAAGCUAAGGACAUGGAAAACGAGAACUAUCAGAGGUUUGCUGACACAUUGGACAAGACAUUUUUCUGGAUCUAUUUAUUUGUUGCUGUUUCGUACUUCUGUGCGAUGACUACUGUGAUGGUGAUGUAUACCUGCAGCAUUAACCACUUCUUCUGGCACAAUGACAAUGCGAACUUCUAAUGGUAAACUGUGCUAAAAAGAAAAAGAGAGAGCAACACACUUCAAGAAAAUGGCCAUUAUAAUAUGUCUUUGCAGGAUCUCAUAAACUCAAUCACUGAAGUAAAUGGAACAGGCAAAUUGACUGUUUCAAAGAUUGAUGCAAAUCUCUAUGUAGAGAUCUAAUGUCGAUCAUUAGCCACAGAAAUAUGAAGUAAGACUUACUGUAUAUGUCUAGAUGUAGCGCAUGUGUGUGUGUGUUUGCAUAUAUUAUAUGCAGCUUCUGUAGACGAGUUAGAAUAGAGAUACAUGAGAAAUAAGCUUUGAUAUAUAUAUAUAUAUAUAUACGUCUGUCCUGUUUUCAUCAUUAUUCAUAAUUUUGUUUGCAUUUGUCCACUUUGAUGUCUUGGUCUUUUAUCCUCAUAUGUUGUGUGGUACAACAACAAACUCACUGUACUGGUCAAAGUACAUUUAUUGUGUUUGUUUGUACACAUCGCAAAAUCAUGAUCCUUCACUCAUCAAGUGAAGUAAGGAAAAAGAAUGAAGUCCUGGGUCACGAGUGAGACACAGAAUGUUUGAUGUUGCUUUGCCGCCACCUAGUGGUCAAGCACUAACUGCAUUAACUUUCACCUUUGACCAGCUUGGAUGAAUAUUUAUGUUCACCAUGAAACUGAGCUCCUUUAUUUCAAUUAUUUUAUUCAAUCAUGUGAAUAUAUUGGCGAAUGAUAAAGCAAAAAAAUAAAAAAAUGGUCAGUACAGAA